AAAACAACUUUUAUAAUUAAUAUGAUGAACUUACAUAAUAAAGCAAACGUCCACCAUGAACAUUAUCGUGUACAAUUUAACAAUCACUUUAAUCAAUGUGAACGUAUCGGUUCCCCAAAGCUGAUAGUCUUUAAAUUUCAUGUGCGCACGAAUAAUUAAUAAUGCUUAUUUACGACCGAUGGUGGAUAUUACGUUAUAAACAAGGGGGAAUAUUUUUCUUCAUAUUUGUUUUAUUCAAACGUAGAAAACUGUUGUGGAAAGAACGAGUUCAAUUAUCAAAAUAAUAACAUAAAUUAAGACUCAAAAUUUUAAAAUAUCAGCUUCGGAAUAGUCAUUUACAAAAAAGCAACACACAAAUUCUGAUAUUUAACUUUUCAGCUCUACGUAGGAAAUUUGUGUUUUUGCUCAAUUUACAGAAUGCAAAAAAAAUCCACUUUAAGUACAUGAUGAUUUACACAGACAAUAAAUAAAAUGGGAUAACUAGGGUUUAAAUGGAAUCAUAAUCGUAAUAAAACUUAAUCAUAACCUGCCCCUUUUCUUUGGGUUAUUUCGUCUUCGAAUGCCUACCUUUUUACUUUCUGUUUUUAAUAUUUAUUAUUCCAAAAUUGUAAAUAACAUUUAUUUAAAAUAACAUCUUAGUGUUGUGCCUGUUAAAGUGACACUUAGAUAAAAUGCCAUAAGAUCAAAUACCAUUAUGAAAGAUUGAAAUGCCGACAAUGUCCAUAAUGUCAGAGAAAGGACAGUCCGUCCAAGGCCGGUGCCGAGGCUGUUUUGUUCUUCUCUAGUGUAGUGUGGUUUGCCUUCUGCAUUGUUACAUAUAUAAUAAAUUUCAAUGACAAACGUCUUUCGGGUAUGAUGUUUUACUUCUUUGUCAACAUGAAAUGAUUUCAUGUGUGCGGCACUUGAUACAUUUUAUUACGAAAAAGUAACUGACUAAACUUUGCAGAAUAUUAAAGGUCUCGGAUGCGUUUAAUCGGCCGCUGUAGUUUAUAUAUGUGUAAACUGCGAUAAUACGAUAUACUCCUUCUCUGCAAAGCAGUACCCAUGUAUAUUCGCUUGCAGAUGUGCCGAAAAUAUUGAUACUGCUGGCAAGACGUGUGCUGACUUGUACACAUAUUUCAGCAAUGACUCUAAAACUGAUGACUAAUUUCUUGAAUGGGCAUUAUAAUGAGAAAAUGAGAUUGAGAUUAUGAGUGACUGUUAACAUUACUUAGCUGUAAAUAUAACUUGUAUAUUAAAUAAGCCAGUUAGUAUAAUUACGUUAAAGUAUGUUCAUACCUUUAAAUGAGAUAAAAAAUGUUUAAUGGCGAACUAUUAUUGUUUUAUGAUCGUAAUGUAUUCGGUUAAGUUCAAAAUGUUACAACUUAAAGUGUACAUUUAUUGCAUCUGUCACGAGCUGUCAUAUAAUACAUAAUUUUAUUCAACGAGCUCAUGAAAUUUGUUAUUGAGCGAGCCUAUGUCUUGUACUUUUAUAUACGUGUUAUAUUGGAACGAAUGAAAACUCAAGCACAGCUUAUAAUGUUUCUCUAAAUUUAUUUUAGACACUGUAUUUGAAAAUUUCUAAAACAUUAUGCUAUUUAUGCCAUCUGCUGUUGUUGUGGGAAGGUUAUUUUGUUUGAAGUAUUACUUAAACAAAUGAAAAUAGUAAACAUGACGUUAAGUCCGUUUGUGUGUACACAUGUAUAAGUAAACACACACGCCUCACAGAGAACCAACUAGGGAAACAACUGGCUGCUUUCUACAAGUAUUAAGUUUUGUUUUAUCGAUUUUUGUAAUGCUAGUAUUAUAUCAAAAACCUUAAAAAGAAAUGGAUGGUAUCUGCUUUCAUUUUUUACAGAAGCUAUCCAUGUUGGAAUAGGUGGAAACAGCAAAACUACGUCGCUGAUGUUCACAUUCGUAUCAGAUCGGAUACGCAGCACCGGGCCAUAUGACAACUUCAUCAUCUAUAAGUUAUUUAAUGAUAACACCUACUUAGGAAGUUUAAGAAAGAGAUAUGAACAUUGCUCUUGUUGAUGUUUACCUUUAAACACUGAUCUGAUACACGUUUAUUAUCAUUUCAGAGUACACUCAGAUACGAUAUGAUAGCCACAAGUGAUGGCAAUAUCUGAUUACAUUACGAUUAUCAAAAAUUUACUCAUUUAAUUAAAUUUAAAAAAUGGAUAUUGAUAAAGAUGUAAUCCGAAGAAAUAAGGGAUCCCUCAAAGCCAAGGUUUGUGUCAGCUACUUAGGUAGCGCUUUGAAACCCCCGGUGGAAACACACAUAAAGGCGUUGCAUAAUGGGUGCAUUAAACAGACGAGAACAAUUGGGAUAUUACCAUGGGAUUUAUGCAAAAAUUGCAAAUCAGGAAAUAUGUGUUGGCGAGAAGAAUUUGUUAAAGGCAACAUGACCUUUGAAAUAUUGUUAAACAUGCGCGAAUGGUAUUGUCCGAAUCUACUAUAUAUACCUUUGUUGGAUAAAUUACAAGUGCAUCAUAGAACGUUGAAACUUGUAGAUGUGCCGGAUGGACACAUACCAAAGAAGAGACAAACAGUAACGCCAUUCGAAACCCUUUUUAUGGACAAAGAAAAACGAUAUACAGACGAAACUAAUGAACAACGGCGAUUAGAGUUCCGAGUGGUAUUUGAUACCAACAAAGGUUUAGAAAAUUGGUUUUCAAACCCGAUAGUCAUUUUAAAAUGUUUCCUACCCGAAAACUGUAACGACGUGCGGUCUUUGAACGACAUCCAACCAUGCGGAUUGAUUUCAGGGAUUUUGAAUUGUGAUUUGUUCGACGAAGUCUUCUCGUUUAGUCUCUAUGACAAUGAUAACUUGCUAUCUGAGAUUCACUCUUUUGCGAAAGAAGCAUUACUUUUAUCCGACCUACUCCCUGGUUACUACAGCAUAUGGGAAAGAAAUGCGUUGCCUUUAUUUUUGACAUUGCUUCAAGAUCCGAAGUAUUUUUUGGAAAACAAAUAUGCUCAAGAAGUUAUUUCAAAGAUAUUAAAGGUUAUGAAAGAUCAAGUGACAGAUGAAGAAAUAGGAACAGUGCUCGGAAUAUCGUCCAUAACUGAAAAGAAUGAGUUAACCCUUCAUACUAAGUGGGGUGAUAACGGAGAUUGCAGCUUGAUUAAAUUCAGCAAAACCUGGCCAGAGAUAAUCCAAAAUAAACUACUGCACAAGUUGCUGAAUAACAUUAUGGCGACCGACGAUGCUUGUUUGUAUUGUAAUGCAGACAAUGUCUACCUAAUUGUAGAAAAUUCGGUGCAACUUAAAGCUGCAAUCGAUAUGAGUUGUCUUCAGUUAUUUUCAUCAGAAGUUGGUUUUGAGAAAGGUAUCGACUUUGUUUUGUUUGGUGGAGCUUUUCAAAAAUACUCUGUUAAAAGCCCAUGUACAGAACCUUUUUUCAAUUAUAUAGAAAACAUAGUGUUAAAAAUAUCAUUGAAACACAACAUUCUUGCAAUGCGUUUCGAUGUAAAUGAGCAAAGUAAACAAAGAUCCAUCGCAGAGAAAAUAAUACCUUCAAACGUCGUUGAGUUAAAGAAAAUCAGAACCAAUCGUAAAUGUAUACUCCCACGUGGGAAUGAAUGUGGCGAACUCGAAGAAUAUUUGCAAAACGAGCAUUUAACAAUUACAAUAAAUCCUGGUUCAGAGCACUCACAGGUUUCGCAUACUCAUGUGAAUGCGUCAACAGAAGACGAGCAUAGGCGCAUACACAUGCAAGAUAGCGAAGAGAUUUAUGUUAGAAAUGAGCACGAUAAUCCAAGAUCGUCUAAUGCGCGAGGUCCACAGAUUUGGUCAGCAGCUGAUCAGACACUUCCAUCUCCAGUACUACAAUCUAUGGUUUCAUAUGACAAUAUUCGUAGUAUCAAUCGACCAUCUUAUCAAGUUAGGCGAUAUACAGAGACAGAAUCGGACCGUUCUAUCAAUAGAUAUACACAGCCAUCUAGAGCAGUUGGUGUUCAGGAGAGUCAACAAUACAACCAUCAACGUAACGAGAUUGCAGAACAUGAUGAUCGAAGUUAUGCUAAUCAUAGCCAUCUCACAAGGAAUGAGGACAACACCUUGCAGAACAUACAUACAGUAAACAAGGAGCCAAUAGUAGUCAAGAAGCAGCCUAAAUACCCUGCAUAUGUUGACGAAAAUGAAAGAUUCAGGUCGUUUAGCAGAUGGUGUCAUAUGAUUCCUAGUCCAACGAUGCUUUGUAAAGCAGGAUUCUUUUUCACAAACACUGCUGACUUGGUGAGAUGUUAUCAAUGCGGUAUUGGCCUGAAGGACUUCAGUAGCACGGACGACCCAUUGAAAGAACAUGUUAAACACUCUUCACAGUGCGAACAUUUGCUCCUAUACUUCGAAACUGAGAGUGCUCUUGAAACCUACAAGAAGUCAAUGAGAGAUCUCGAACCCGGCGCAAUCAGACAAAGACAGUUAGCAGAAUUCAGGGAAAGAUCGCUACAAGGACCACCACCACGGCAAUACCGAAUAAGAAAUGAAGCAUAUAACACAUACGAUCUAAGACUGUCAUCAUUUGUGAAAUGGUCAGAACACAUCGCACAAAGACCGCCGAGACUCGCGGAGGCUGGAUUGUAUUAUACAGGCAUAGAUGACCACGUUCGUUGUUUUGCCUGCGAUGGGGGACUAAGGCACUGGGAUCCAGAAGACGAUCCGUGGAUAGAACACUGCAGAUGGUUCCCGGCCUGUCCUUUUGCGCGGGAACAGAAAGGAGACGAGUUUAUUGCCCUUGUGCAAGCGUCUGCAGACCAAAAUAUAGAUGAACUUGGUGCCACAGGCGGAAAUUCGACCAACGACCUAGCUGGUGGAGUAAAUAACCUCCAUAUUACUGAUCCCGAUAUUAAACGAUUGAUCGAAGAACAGAGGAAAAUAUGUACUGUAGACAUGGGAUUCAGUAAUGAGAUGUUUUCUUCCGCAGUAAACGAACUAAGACUUCAAGGCACUCUGAAACCAAGUGUAGAAGACAUUGUGAUUGCAAUUGAGGUUAUAAACGACCGAAAUCAACAUUCUACGGAGAUCCGGGGUAACGGGAACAAGGACACAAGUCCAGAGGAAUUACUUCAGGAAAAUAAAAGGUUGAAAGACAUGCUCACCUGUUUCAUAUGCCAGAACAACCCGGUAAACGCUUUGUUUUUACCUUGUACACAUCAUCGAUUGUGCCUGGAUUGUUCUUAUGACCUGAAAGAGUGCCCUGUUUGCUUGAGGGCAAUCAAAGAGAAAAUCAAAACAUUCAUGGGAUAGUGUUGAAAGUGUUUAUUAUUCAGAAUAUAAAAAGUGUACAAAUUAAGUAAAAUUAUUUUAUCGUUUAAAUAUCGGCCGAUAUUUAAGCAUGUCAUAUGAACACAAUACUAAGCGAUAGCACAUGGUUGCUGUGGUCGGAUAUUUAUUGCUUAUUCGCUACACUUGAUUUAUGCUAAGUUGUAUGCACAUAACGAUUAAUAUUUGCGGAAAUAAUUUCGAUAGCAGUAUUUUUCAUAAAAUUUCCACAUAAUCAACACUUUUAUUUUUUAUUGUCUUUUUUACAAUUUAUCAUAUUUUAAAGUGAUCAUUAACUUGAAUGAAAAACUGUACAAAUAAAAGCAAAUAAAACAA